AUGGUCGCUACUCCUCCUCCUCCAGGUGGUCAACGUAUAUUGAGAAGAAGAAGACAAGUGCAAAGCUCCAAGGAAAAAAAAGCCAAGCAAACUCCAACAUCUGCUAGAAGUGCUGGUUUCGGUGGUUCUUCUGGUUCUAUUUUAAAAGUCUUCACUGAAGAAGCCAAUGCUUUCAGAAUUGAUUCUUUAAUUGUUUUGUUUUUAGCUUUUGGAUUUGUUCUCUCUGUAUUUGGUUUACAUAUCGUUAACAAGAUGUCUGGUAGAUUAUAUUAG